AUGCUUUUGCAACAAGCGUCCUCGCCGGCAGCGCGGCUCUGGGUCCACAUCAGAUGGCCCCUCACAAGAAACGACCGGCCGUUUUCUGUCGACGACUUCUCGGCCUUUGCAUCCUGGGUCGUUAUGGGCCAGGUGCUCUGGGUCUUCUUGGGAACAACCACUUUUGUCUUGGUGGCCAUGUACUUCAUCAACACGCUUGACCAGUUCUGGAACACCAUCUACGGCGACGAGACAUCGGAUGGAAGCAAGGACAAAUCCCGGGCCAAGGACGAGAGCCUUCUCAGCCGCAUAGCUGGAAGCGUCUUGUCGCACGGCCUCGGGGCCCACAUUGCGUUUGAAAAGGGGCACGUUUUGCCCCACCUCGAGGACGGCAUGCUCAAGUUCAAGAACGUCACUAUCCUACUGACUGAACCGUCCUCCAAGCUGGCUUCGUUGGACUUUUCGGCAAAGAUCGCCGCCCUCAAUCUCAGCCUUUCUUUCAAGAAAUGGUACGAGGGAAAGGGCCUCAUCUAUGACUUGGAGAUUUUUGGUAUGCAUGCGAAAGUGGCAAGAAAUGACGGAACACACACGAGGCAAGUCAUGGAACAAACAAUCCACCCGACUUUCAACUCUUUGGCCUUGUCUUUCAGCGGAUACCACGAUUCCCAUGAGCUUCAAAAUGACCUCAGAGAGCACAAGGUCGAGGAACUCACCAACAUGGCAGGCGCUACCGGCUUCUCGUUCCUAGACUCCAACUAUGAAUUGGCCAGUGUCAAAAUCCGUGACUCUUUUGUGGAGAUCCACGGAAACCAGGACACAAACGCGCUCAACGUUUCCAUAUUCAACUGCGACUUGCCACGCCUCAGAGGCGACAGGUUGUUGAUUGAUUUCUUCAACGCAGACAUUGUCACAGGCACUGUCAACAACUCCAUGUUCACCAUUCACAAACACCAAACUUUUUUGGACAGCGACAACACGGUCACGUUCAAGCUUGAUGGUAUAGAUAUGGGCUCUCUCUCCUCGGCCAACCCAAAACUGAAGUUCAACUGGUUGGCUAGUGGCAAGGCCGAGAUUGUGGCAGACAUUAGAUUGCCCAAUCUCGAGAAUUUGAACGCAGACUACGAAAGCCCUGCAGUUGCAACUUCGGGCGCGUUCCGGAGGUUUCUAGAAGAAUUGGGAAACUUGACCAACCCGAAACCGGCCUCAAAUGCUGCUUCUUCUGGCGAAGGCAAUCUCCUCAAGGGCGCUUUGAUGGCUAUAUACGAGACAUUCGCCAGUAGCUCCGAGAAGAAAGUCCCGGUGCGUGACUCUGACUACGUGAUUGUGAAUGUGAAGGUCAAGUUCACCGACUUGAAGGCUUCAUUACCUCCGCAUUUACCCAUGGCAUCUUCGGUAUCUGUCCCUUUCACCUCUCUUCAGAACUUGCGGUCCUUGAUAUCUUAUAUCAAUGGCCUUGAGACCGAGAGGCCUUUGGUGAUCAAGACUACCGUCAUCGAGAAGCUCACUGACUUGUACAAUGUGGACAACAUUUCACAAACGAAAAUGUAUGAUGCGAUAAUCGGCGACAUUUACGAAGAGUUCACGCGGAUGAUCGAGUCGGACGAGAAGCGGAUCAUGCGCGAAAAGUCCACCAUGUGGUCCCACUCGGUGAUGAGCCAGAUCCUCCUAUUGGGCUUGGGCGUCUUGGCCUAG